AUGGUUACCUCGGGAAGGGAUGGCGCUUUCGCAGGAGCAUGGCAAGACGACGAGGGGACGGUGGUCGUCGUGAAAGAUUCGCGGAUGUACGGCCCCGACGGCGGCCAGCUCGACCUUAAAAUCACUAGCCAGACAACGUGCUCCUUCCAGAUGGGCAGCGAAGUCUACAAAGGGACCCUGAACUCCGACGGCAAGCUGGAGUGGAACGACGGAGCUGUUUGGAUACGUGUGAACGGGGCCAACGACAGCCAGUCGAAGGAAGAGGAGGAGGCGCCACAGGACUCCAGCAUCGAGAAGGCUCGGAAAGCUUUCGCCGAAGAGAAAGCUCGCAAGGCGGCGGCACUGGACAAAGCCCGAGCAGCGCGCAAUGCGGCACAGAACCAGGAUGGAUCCUACCACGACACCGGUGUGGACAGAGCGAAGCAGGCCUUCGAGGAGGAGAAAGCGAGGAAAGCAGCAGCUUUGGAACGAGCCCGGAGGGGAUCCGCCGAGAACAGCCACCCCAACCGUGGUGGGGCGGACGCUCCGCAGGACAUGACUACCAGGAACGAUGUCGGUGUGGACCGUGCCAGACAGGCCUUUGAGGAGGAGAAAGCUCGCAAAGCAGCUGCGCUCGAGCGAGCCAGGAGGGCCUCCGCGGAGAACCAGGCAGCCCCAGCCCAGGAGACGCGCCAAGCGGAUGCAGGGGUGGAUCGCGCCAAGCAGGCCUUUGAGGAGGAGAAAGCUCGCAAAGCAGCUGCGCUCGAGCGAGCCAGGAGGGCCUCCGCGGAGAACCAGGCAGCCCCAGCCCAGGAGACGCGCCAAGCGGAUGCAGGGGUGGAUCGCGCCAAGCAGGCCUUUGAAGAGGAGAAAGCUCGCAAAGCAGCUGCGCUCGAGCGAGCCAGGCAUUUCAAGGUUGACAUGUGUGAUCAUGUGUGGCCACGACGUCUCGAACGCAUGAUUGUCGGCACAGACCUGCAACUCUACAACGGGGUGGAUCGCGCCAAGCAGGCGCUCAGAGCGAUAUCAGGAAAGCUCGUCAAUGCGACAAUCGACGAGGCCUUUGAAGAGGAGAAAGCUCGCAAAGCAGCUGCGCUCGAGCGAGCCAGGAUCGUAGGCCUUCAGGGCUUCUCGGUUGCAAAAAUUGCUUUCGAGCAGGAGAAGGCCAGGAAGGCAGCGGCACUGGAACGGGCCCGCGCGGCCCGCGCGGAGGCUCGGGGAGAAGGCCUAGGGGCUUCCGAAGGUCAGCCGAAGGAAGAGGAGGCUCCGCAGGACUCCAGCAUCGAGAAGGCUCGGAAGGCUUUCGCCGAAGAGAAAGCUCGCAAGGCAGCAGCGCUGGAAAAGGCCCGGGCAGCGAUGGCCGCGGCACAGAAUCAGGAUGAAUCCAACCACGACACCGGUGUGGACAGAGCGAAGCAGGCCUUCGAGGAGGAGAAAGCCAGGAAAGCAGCAGCUUUGGAACGGGCCCGCAGGGCAAGGGCCGCCGAGAGCAGCCAGCCGAACGGAGUGGAGGCACCGCAGGACAAUGGCGCCAAGAGCGAUGUGGGUAUGGACCGGGCUAGACAGGCUUUCGAGGAGGAGAAGGCUCGCAAAGCAGCCGCACUGGAGCGAGCCAGGAGGGCCUCCGCCGAGAACCAGGCAGCCACGGCCACCGCCCAGGACACUCGCCAAGGGGCCGCUGCAGGAAUGGAUCGCGCCAAGCAGGCUUUCGAGCAGGAGAAGGCCAGGAAGGCAGCGGCACUUGAACGGGCCCCUCGGCUAAUUGUGAAUGUGGCACAUACUGGACGCAGGCCCAGGCUGACAGCUCACAUGUUCGGCUGCCAUCAUGACGACUGGGCCAUUGCCUUUGCAUCAUGGAACGUGACAUCCAUCUGGGCACUUCUCUCCGUGUCCGUCCUGUUUUGGUUGAUGCAAGGGGUUUUCUACCUUCUGCAAAUUGCUUCGAUCUCCAUCCCAGCGGCUCUGAUCUUCAACCUCCUAGACCUACAACUGACUGGGCGCUGUUGGUUAUGGUGGCAAGAGCUACUGAACUGGAUUUACCUCUUGAUGCUGAUCCCUUUGGCCUACAUGGUCCUGGCUCUCAUCCAGCUGUCUCGUGGAGGUCGAGAAAGCAGCACAUCUGGAGAACCGACAAGUGUUCCUCUCGUGGUUGAGGAGAGCCGUAUCGCUGUUGAGACUCGCGGCGAUGUCGGUUCUGCCAUUGAAGUGACGCCGCCUGGAUUGGAGGCCAGUGCAACCGCGCCCGAGCCUUUGGGAUGGCUUACUAUGCAGCACUCCGAGCAUGGCGGCGCGCUUGAACAUCGGCGAGAAGAGGCGGCUUCGACCUGUCGUGAAAGCGUCGAGGCGAGCACGAUGAGAGUGGCGCGACCAUCGUGCACCGCAAGUGCUUCUGAGAGUGCAGCUUUCAUCGCUGCAGCAAUGCAUGUCGAAGAGGAUUAA